ACUAGAUUCUAGAGUCUCGCUGCUGCUUUCAAUUUCACCGUAUUCGACUCCGAUGCCCUUUGUCGAACCAAAAAUUCUUCUGAGACUUUCCUCCCCUCUGCCCCUUUCGCUGGGUAUCCUGCGUUUCUUCUUCAUUAAGUGCCAAUAGAAACCACGUGAUUUGCACUCCCAACUCUCUCACUCUCUUCUCACUGGACGCAUCUCUUAAUUUUGGGUCUUAGGACUAAUCGUUUGGAACAAGGUAGUGCAGAGAAGAUGGAUCGCGUUAGCAGUCUACCAAACGAGCUUCUUUGUCAUGUACUCUCCUUCCUUACCACAAAGGAGGCUGCUUUGACUUCGAUUCUCUCCAAGAGGUGGCGCAACCUCCUUGCAUUUGUUCCUUAUCUUUACAUUGAUGACUCUGUCUUUCUUCAUCCGGAAGAGGGUAAGCGGCAUAGGCCCGAAAUCAUACAGAGCUUCAUGGAUUUUGUGGAUAGAAUAUUGGCUUUGCAGGCUAAUUCUCCCAUUCAGAAAUGCUCCCUCAAGUGUUUAUCCGCGGUUGAUUCUGAUCGUGUGGAUCGUUGGAUACACAAUGUGUUGCUGCGUGGUGUUUCGGACCUUGAUCUAUUAGUCAUCUUGGAUUCAGAUGGAGAUGAUAACUAUCAGCUGUCUCCAAAAUCUUUCGAGUGCAGGACACUUGUUAAGCUCAAGAUAGACUGUGGAGUUGAAAUUGAUUGGUUGGCUGGUAGCUUUUUCUUACCUAUGCUUAAAACUCUCGUUAUUGACUCAGCUUGGGUUAAUAACUUUGAGAUUCUUCUUCAUGAUUUGCCUGCACUUGAGGAAUUAGUCCUGGUUAAUGUGAUCUGGAAAGAUGAUGAUGUGAACGUUUCUAGUGCAAGCCUCAAGACCCUAACAAUAUAUGACGGCGAAUUCUUUGGCUCUGUAUCAUUUGAUACACCGAGUCUCACUUACUUUAAUUACAAUGGUUAUGUUGCCCCGGACUAUCCACUUGUUAAGAUGAAAAACUUAUGUGGUGCUCGAAUUGUCUUUUCAUUAACUGAAGAGGAACUACAGCGACUUAGAGAACCAAAUGAUGAUCAUCAUCAUCAUCAUUGGCACCACGACAUUGCUCUCGGAUUUAGUAAUGUGUGGAAACUCUUUCAUGGCAUACAACAUGUUCAGCAUCUGGACUUGUUUCCGGAUACUCUCGAGGUGCUUUCUCUAUGCUGUGAAUCGAUGCCAGUGUUCAAAAACCUCAAAUCGUUAGAUAUUAAGAGUGACAAGGAACGAAGUUGGCAGGCAAUGCCAGUUCUUCUAAGGAACUGUCCACAUUUAGAAACCUUAGUCAUUGAGGGUCUGUUGCACCAUGCGACAAAUAAAUGCGGGGAUGCUUGUGACUGCAUUUCUCGGGAGGACAAAGGUCAUUCGCUCACAUCUUGCCCAGUCAAGAUUUUAGAGAUUCAGGGGUUUCUAGGAACAAUGAAAGAGAUGACAAUGAUAAAGCAUUUCUUGGACUAUUUCCCAUGUUUGAAGAAGAUGGAAAUUUAUAUUGAAGAGAAUGAUCCUACAGAGCUCAGAAUCCCGGAAGUGUCUAAACGUAUCCUGCAGAUGAUAGAAGACUACAACAAGUCAUCGAGUUGCAAUGUCCAACUCCUUGUGAGUGAUUACUUGUACAAGAAGUGGACUGCAAAUAGAAGUCUCUGAAGAACAAGACAUGCUCAUAGUAUUCCCAAAGUUCCCAUUUAAAUUUAUUUCGGUUCUGCGUUUAAAUGGCUUGUAAACCGUUUCAAAUCAAAGCAAUUGCAAAAUCAUUGAACUUUUCUUCUAUUUUUUCCGAGUGUUUCUAGUCAUUUACUAUUGAUGGCUUGUCGUCAUUUAGUCCUUCGCCACAAUUUGCUUUGAGUUGUUCUUCAUGUCUUUACUUCUUUACUCGAAAUGUCCAUGGUUAAAUAAGCUACACCAUAGCUAUUAUCUUA